AUUUUGAAAUAUGUAUUGGGUCUCAAAGGGUUCUGUUUUUCCCCUCUGCAGCAUCGUUUGACUGUUUUUUGGAUGGGUCUUCAUUAUAAUGGUGCCACUUUCUGCUACAGCGGAGAUGGUCAAAAACCCAGUUGCCUGCUGAGCUGAACCAAGCCUAGAGAAGUGAAGCUGUGGAUGGUCCGAAGAGCUCCAGUUUCAGACGGUGCCAAGUGUCACAGGCUCGCUGAAAGGCAGUUUGCCUUUUCUACAUUGUUUACUUCCCAUGCGAAGCUCACUGCUAGGAUCUAACCUUUAGAUGCUUUCUGAGUAAAAGGAAACUCAAUUAUGAAAUAGCUCUUACGUGACUAGUACACGGUAUCUAGGAUUUAAAGGUCUAGAGUAAAUGGUCUAAAUGUUAUUUUAAAAGGCAAAGAUACUCUCACAUGUCAGGAAAAAAAAAAUACCCCAAAACUCCAAGCUCCACCAGCCACUCUUUCAACAGAAACUUAAAGAGCUGAUACAGUGGGAUGGAGAAAUGAGAAGAAUGAUCAUCUAAAAAUCGCCAUCGGUGAAGUGAUGAAGAACAUUCGCUGGCUGAUUCUGAAACUUGUCAAUGUUGCGACUCUUGGCGGCAUAUGGAUUUCUCUGGUACAGUGUACAGUUUUAAACCACUGCCUAAAGUUAUGUGUAACUAACCUGGGCCGACAGCUUGACAUUGGCACGACAUACAAUCUGAGUGAACCGUGCAUCCAAGGAUGUCAUUUCUGGAACUCUGUAGAGCAGGAAAACUGUGCUUUAAAAUGUAAUGACACCUAUGCCCCUGUUUGUGAGCGAGAAUCCUGCGAGGUCGGCUGCAGCAGUGCUGAAGGUGCAUUCGAGGAAGAAGUGCUAGAAAAUGCCAAUUUCCCCACUGCACCCUUUGCUUCUUCCAUUGGAAGCCACGGUGUGACCUUACGAUGGAAACCUGCCAACAUCUCUGGAGUAAAAUACAUCAUUCAGUGGAAAUACGCACAACUUCCUGGAAGCUGGACUUAUACUGAGGCUGUGUCCAAGCUCUCAUAUGUGGUGGAGCCCCUGCACCCCUUCACUGAGUAUAUUUUCCGAGUGGUCUGGAUCUUCACAGCCCAGCUACAGCUGUAUUCUCCGCCAAGUCCCAGUUAUAGGACUCAUCCUUACGGAGUUCCUGAGACUGCGCCUUCCAUUAGAAAUAUUGAGAGCUCGAGUCCAGACACCGUGGAAGUCAGUUGGGCUCCACCCCAAUUCCCAGGAGGACCCAUUUUGGGUUACAACUUAAGGCUGAUCAGCAAAAAUCAACAAUUAGAUUCAGGGACACAGAGAACCAGUUUUCAGUUUUACUCCACUCUACCAAAUACCACUUACAGGUUUUCCAUUGCUGCUGUAAAUGAAGUUGGUGAGGGGCCAGAAGCAGAAUCUAGUAUUUCCACUUUAUCCUCAGCAGUUCAAGAAGAGGAACAGUGGCUCUUUUUAUCCAGAAAAGCUUCUGUAAGAAAGAGAUCUUUAAAACAUUUAGUAGAUGAAGCCCAUUGCCUUCAGUCAGAGGCCAUACACCAUAAUAUUACAGGAAUAUCCGUUAAUGGUCACCAGCAAGUCAUCUAUUUCUCAGAAGGGACUCUCAUAUGGAUGAAAGGGGUUGCCAACAUGUCUGAUGUGUCUGACCUGAGAAUAUUUUACAGAGGUUCAGGAUUAAUUUCUUCCAUCUCCGUAGAUUGGCUUUAUCAGAACAUGUAUUUCAUCAUGGAUGAAUUGGUGUAUGUCUGUGAUUUAGGAAACUGCUCGAACGUUGAGGAAAUUACUCCUCCCUCAAUUACUGCACCUCAGAAAAUUGUGGCUGAUUCGUACAAUGGGUAUGUCUUUUAUCUCCUGAAAGACGGCAUUUAUAGGGCAGCCCUCCCUGUGCCAUCUGGUCGGGACUCAGAAGUCCUACGUAUUGUGGAGAGUUGCACAUUGAAGGACUUUGCAGUGAAGCCCCAGUCCAAACGAAUCAUUUACUUCAAUGACACCACUCGUGUCUUCAUGUCGACGUUUCUGGACGGCUCCGCUUCCCACCUUGUCCUAGCUCAUGUCUCCUUUGCUGAUGUGAAGAGCUUUGCAUGUGAAAACUACGACUUCCUUGUCACAGAUGGAAAGGCUGUUUUCCAGCAGGACUCUCUCUCUUUUAAUGAGUUUAUCGUGGGUUGUGACCUGAGCCACAUAGAAGAGUUUGGAUUUGGUAACCUGGUCAUCUCUGGCUCCUAUGCUCAGCCACACCCCCUGCCAGGCCGCCCGCAACAGCUUUCCGUGCUCUUUGGCUCCCACCAGGCCCUGGUUCAGUGGAAGCCCCCUGCCCUCGCCAUAGGAACCAGCCCCUCUGCCUGGCAGAACUGGAUUUAUGAGGUGAAAGUAUCAACUCAAGACUUUCCUGAAAUCACUCAUGUUUUCUCGAACAUCAGUGGGACCACGCUUCAUGUGCCCAAGCUGCAGAGUGCUACUAAAUAUGAGGUUUCUGUGAGAGCCAGUUCUCCCAAGGGACCAGGCCCUUGGUCAGAGCCCUCGGUGGGUACAACCCUGGUACCAGCUUCCGAACCACCAUUUAUCAUGGCUGUGAGAGAAGAUGGUCUUUGGAGUAAGCCUCUGAAUAGCUUUGGCCCAGGAAAAUUCUUAUCCUCUGAUAUAGGAAAUGUAUCAGACAUGGAUUGGUAUAACAACAGCCUCUACUACAGCGACAUGAAAGGUGAUGUUUACGUGUGGCUGCUGAAUGGGACGGAUAUCUCAGAAAAUUAUCACAUAUCCAACAUUGCAGGAGCAGGGGCUUUAGCUUUUGACUGGCUGGGUCAGUUUCUCUACUGGGCUGGAAAAACGUAUGUGAUACAAAGGCAGUCUCUGUUGACAGGGAACACAGACAUUGUGACUCAUGUGAAGUUGCUGGUGAAUGACAUGGUAGUGGAUUCAGUUGGAGGUUACCUUUAUUGGACCACACUAUACUCAGUGGAAAGCACCAGGCUAAAUGGAGAAAGUUCCCUUGUACUACAGGCACAGUCUUGGAUUUCUGGGAGAAAGGUAAUUGCUCUAACGUUAGACCUUAGCGAUGGUCUCCUGUAUUGGUUGGUUCAAGACAGUCAAUGUAUUCACCUGUACGCAGCUGUUCUUCGGGGGCAGAGCUCUGGGGAGACCAACAUCACAGAAUUUGCAGCCUGGAGUACCUCGGAAAUUUCCCAGAACACACUGAUGUACUAUAGUGGUCGCCUCUUCUGGAUCAAUGGCUUUAAGAUUAUCACAGCUCAAGAAAUAGGUCAGAGAGCCAGUGUCUCGGUUUUGGAACCAGCCCCAUUUAAUCAGUUCACAAUUAUUCAGAGUUCCCUCAAGCCUCUGCCAGGCAACUUUUCCAUUACCCCCAAGGUUAUCCCAGAUUCUGUUCAAGAGUCUUCAUUUAGGAUUGAAGGGAAUGCUUCAAGUUUCCAAAUCUUGUGGAAUGCUCCCCGAGCAGUGGAUUGGGGUGUAAUUUUCUACAGUGUGGAAUUCAGUUCUCUGUCUAAGUUCCUGGCUAGUGAACAACAGCUUUCGCCUGUAUUUACUGUGGAAGGUCUGGAGCCUUAUGCCUUAUUUAAUCUCUCUGUCACUCCUUAUACAUACUGGGGAAAAGGCCCCAAAACAUCUUUGUCACUUCGAGCACCAGAAACAGUUCCGUCAGCACCACAGAACCCCAGGAUAUUUGUAUUACCAACUGGAAAAUACCAUAGCCUGAAUGAAGUUGUGGUAGAAUUUCGAUGGAAUAAGCCUAAGCAUGAAAACGGUGUGUUAACAAGAUUUGAAAUUUUCUAUCAAAUAUCCAACCAGACAGACACAAAUGAAACAUUCGAAGACUGGAUCGCUGUCAACACAACUCCCUCGAAGAUGUCUUUUCAGCUUGAAGGCAUGAGUCCUGGGUACACUGUUGCCUUCCAGGUUCGAGUCUUCACCUCCAAAGGACCUGGACCAUUUUCUGACAUAGUAAAGUCUAAAACAGCAGAAAUCAACCCAUUUCCAUACCUUAUAACUCUUUUUGACAGCAAGAUAGUUUUAUUAGAUAUGGAUCAAAAUCAAAUCGUAUGGACAUUUUCAACAGAAGGAGACAUCAGUAGCAUGGGCUACACAGCUGAUGACGGAAUGGGGUAUUAUGUUCAAGGAGACUCACUUUACCUUCUGAACAUGCACAACAGGUCCACUUCUGAGAUUUUCCGAGGUACACUGGUUUUUGAUAUCACAAUUAUUACAAUUGACUGGAUUUCAAGGCAUCUCUACUUUGUGCAAAAAGCAUCACAAAAUGGAAUGCAAAUAUUUGAUGUUGAUCUUGAACAUAAGGUGAAAUACCCCAGAAAGCUGAAAAUUUGCAAUAGAAAUUCAACAGUAGUCUCUUUUUCUGUGUAUCCUCUUUUAAGUCGCCUGUAUUGGACAGAAGUUUCCGAUUUUGGCUCUGAACUGUUCUACUACAGUAUUAUCAACCAGACCUUGCAUCGCAUUCUUCCACCUAUAGCCACAAACCAUUCAAAUGGAAGGGGACAGUGUUUUUGUGGUAUUACUCAAUUUGAGUUUAGUGGAACAAUGACGAUUGAUACCUCUGACUUGAAGAAACCACAGAUAUACUUUGUCAAAGGGCAAGAGAUCUGGGCUGUGGAUCUGGAAGGAUGUCGGUGUUGGCAAGUUGUCAUGGUGCCCACUCUGCUUGGAAGAACACUGGAAAGCUUAACUGUGGAUGGGGAAUUUCUUUACUGGAUCUCCUCGGCAAAGGACAGCACGCAGAUUCACCAAGCAAAGAAAAGCAAUGGGGCCAUCCUCUCUCAGGUGAAGGUCCAAAGGAGUAAGCAUAUCUUGGCUUACAGUUCAGUUCUGCAGCCUUUUCCAGAUAAAGCAUUACUGCGUCUAGCUUCAGAUCUAGCAGAGCCGACUAUACUUAACACCAGUAACACCAGCCUCACAAUCAGAUUACCGCCUGCCAGGACCAACCUCUCGCUCCUGGGCAUCACCAACCCAACUCCGACAUACCUGGUUUAUUACAAAGAAGUUAACAGCAGGAAAACCAGCUCUGAGCUGAAAUAUAAAAUGCUGGAAUUUCAGGAGAGGAUAGUCCUACUUGAUGGGUUACGACCAUUUUCAACGUAUGUGAUACAGACAGCUGUAAAGAAUUAUUAUUCAGACCCUCUGGAACAGUUACCUCUGGGAAAAGAGACUUGGGGAAAAACUAAAAGUGGAGUGCCAGAGGCAGUCAGGCUCAUUAACACAACGGUGCAGUCAGACACCAGCCUCACCAUAUCCUGGAGAGGAUCUCAGAAGCCAAAUGGACCUCAAGAGUCAGUCCGCUAUCAGUUGGCAAUCUCACAUCUGGCUCUAAUUCCGGAGACUCCUCUAAGACAAAGUGAAUAUCCAAAUGGAAGACUUGCUCUCCUUGUCACUAGACUUUCCGGUGGAAAACUGUAUGUGUUAAAGGUUCUGGCCUGCCAUGCUGAGGAAAUGUGGUGUUCAGAGAGUCAUUCUGUCACUGUCAAAAUGUUUGACACACCAGAGAAACCUUAUGCCUUGGUUCCAGAGAACACUAGUUUGCAGCUCGAUUGGAAGGCUCCUGCUGAUGUUAACCUCACCAGAUUUUGGUUUGAACUCCAGAAGUGGAAGGACAAUGAGUUCUCCCGUGUUAAUGCUUCAUGCAUCCAAGGCCCAGAUUAUGUGUGUAACAUCACAGAUCUACAGCCUUACACAUCUUAUGCUGUCCGUGUAGUGGUGGUUUACAGGACAGGAGAAAACAGCACCUCACUCCCAGAAAGCUUUAAGACAAAAGCUGGAGUCCCAAGUAAACCAGGCAUUCCAAAAGUAUUAGAAGGGAGCAAAGAUUCAAUACAGUGGGAAAAAGCCGAAGAUAAUGGAAGCCGGCUUGUGUACUAUAUCCUUGAGAUCAGAAAGGGCAUUUCAAAUGAUUCACAGAAGCAGAAUUUAAUGUGGAAGAUGGCAUUUAAUGGAUCCUGCAGUAAUAUUUGCCUGUGGAAGACCAAAAACCUGAAAGGAACAUUUCAGUUCAGAGUAGUAGCUGCAAAUAAUCUGGGAUUUGGUGACUACAGUGGAAUCAGUGAGAAUAUUGUAUUAGUUGGAGAUGGUUUUUGGAUACCGGAAACAAGCAUUGUACUUACUAUUAUAAUUGGAAUAUUUCUGGUUGUUACAAUCCCAGUGGUCUUUGUGUGGCACAGAAAAUUAAAAAGUCAAAAAACUCCCAGAGAAGGGCUGACAGGUCUCAUAAACGAAGACAAAGAGUUGGCUGAGCUUCGUGGUCUGGAGGCUGGAGUAGGGCUGGCUAACGCCUGCUAUGCCAUACAUACUCUUCCAACCCAAGAGGAGAUUGAAAGUCUUCCUGCCUUCCCUCGGGAAAGACUGACUCUGCACCUCCUGUUGGGAAGUGGGGCCUUUGGAGAAGUGUAUGAAGGGACGGCAGUAGACAUCUUAGGAGCUGGAAGUGGAGAAACCAAAGUAGCAGUGAAGACUUUGAAGAAGGGUUCCACAGACCAAGAGAAGAUUGAAUUCCUAAAAGAGGCACAUCUGAUGAGCAAAUUUAACCACCCCAACAUCCUGAAGCAGCUUGGAGUUUGUCUGCUCAACGAACCCCAAUACAUUAUCCUGGAACUGAUGGAAGGAGGAGACCUUCUUACCUAUUUGCGUAAAGCCCGGAUGACAAAGUUUCAUGGUCCUUUACUCACCUUGGUUGACCUUGUAGAUCUGUGUGUAGAUAUUUCAAAAGGUUGUGUCUACUUGGAGCAGAUGCAUUUCAUUCACAGGGAUCUGGCAGCUCGGAAUUGCCUUGUGUCUGUGAAAGACUACACCAGUCCAUCACGAGUAGUGAAGAUUGGGGACUUCGGACUCGCAAGGGACAUCUAUAAAAAUGAUUACUAUAGAAAGACAGGGGAAGGCCUACUCCCAGUUCGGUGGAUGGCUCCAGAAAGUUUGAUGGAUGGAAUCUUCACUACUCAGUCUGACGUAUGGUCUUUUGGAAUUCUGAUUUGGGAGAUUUUAACUCUUGGUCACCAGCCUUAUCCAACUCAUUCCAACCUUGAUGUUUUAAACUAUGUGCAAACAGGAGGGAGACUGGAGCCACCAAGAAAUUGUCCUGAUGAUUUGUGGAAUUUGUUGACCCAGUGCUGGGCUCAAGAACCUGACCAAAGACCUGCUUUCCACAAAAUCCAAGAUCAGCUUCAGUUAUUCAGAAAUGUUUCCUUAAGUAGUAUUUCUCAAUGCAGAGAAGAAGCAGACCACAGUGGAGUCAUAAAUGAAGGCUUUGAAGAUGAAGAUGGCGGUGCGAUCUGUUUGAAUUCAGGUGAUGUGAUGUCAAUAGCCUUAAUGGAAACGAAGAACCAAGAAGGGUUAAACUAUAUGGUACUUGCUACAGGAUGUAGCCAAGGUGAAGAAAAUUCUAAGGGUCCUCUAGGCUCCAAGGAAUCUGAAUCUUGUGGUCUGAGGAAAGAAGAGAAGGAACCACAUGCGGACAAAGCUCUCUGCCAAGAAAAACAAGUGGCUUACUGCCCUCCUGGCAAGCCUGAAGGCCUGAACUAUGCUUGUCUCACUCACAGUGGAUAUAGAGCUGGGUCUGAUUAAUAGCUCUGUUUGGGAAAUGCAGAGUUGAGAUAAACCCUCCCAUUAAGCAGUUACUGAAAGAAAAGUCUAGUAGGUUGAUAGAUGUGAUGGUAGUCUAUGAUCCAAAUUAACACUGGAAAGUUCCUGAAUUCCUGAAUUCUUGGUUUGAAGAGCCAUUUGAUUUCAGUUGUGACAAUCCCCAUAACAACUGCUUAACCUUCAGCAGAAUUCCCAAGUAAACCUCUAAACGUUUGGAAAGCUUAGGAAGAUCCGACUCUGGAAGGGAAACUGCCCAACCCCCACCCAGGCUCCUUAGUCCAUUGCCCACCCUUCAGUCUGGGCUGUGCCAGAAGCAUCUUGGUUAGAUGGUGAGAGACAAAAUAGCUAUGUACAGAAGGAACCAGCACUUAGGACAUGGAAAUCAUUUGGAAUGCUAUUACUGCAAUAAAAUACUGUCUUUAAUGACGACCCUAAAGUAUUUCGUAUUUUGGAGGCUUGGAAGAGCAGCUUCAAUCGUACUGAAAAUAGGAUCAUGAAGAGAGCUCUAAGUCCUAAAGUUUAGCAUUCCACAAACUUUGGAUUAUGGAAAAAUCGCUCUGUGACUUGUGUGCUGCAAUGGAAAUUAGCUAAUAUAAAGGUCAUUUUCAUUUGCCUUAUCUGUCUUAUACAUGAAGUACUUAAGAUUACAUUUAGUAUCAACUCCCCUUAAAACUAAAUAUAGAAAAUGAUAUGAUGCUAAUUUAAGCUCUCUGAUGUUUAGCACCUACAUGAAAUAAUAGAUAUCUAAAUGGGAUCUAUUAAAAAUUUUCUUCGAAGAAACCCUCUGAUAUAAAGCCAAUGAUGUUUUUGUAGUCACUCAUUUAAACCUGAUUGCCUCAGUUGCUCUAAGAGCAAUGCUAAUGAAAGCAUUCUGUAUGUUAUCAGUCGCAGUAGACAGGAUGUUUGCUUAGGUAUAGAAAAUACCUUGAUUAUACAGUUAUCUAAAAACUACUCCUGGAAGAGGAUCACGUAUCCAUUGGAACCAGGGAUAAUUUGGUUCACUUUUUAACUUGCUUAUUACCUGAGAGGUUGCAUUGAUGGUUGGCUGCCUGGUGAGGGACCCAGGCAAAUCCAAUGUGUGAGCUCUGUGCGGGAUAGCCCCCAAGGAAAGGUUCAAGACCUGUGGCCUCUGCUACAUCUGUGAUUCCACGGAACGAGGUGAGAUAUUUUCUCUCUGAUCUUCUGAGGUUCUAAUGGGCAUUUAUCAUUCUUUUUGAUAGCCCAGUGUAUGACGUCCCUUGCCAUGCUGGGGAAUUCCUCCACCUUUAUCUCCUGGGUGGGGGCUACAUUCCAUUUGCUUUCCCCAAGACCUCUUGCAGCAAGAAGGCAGGCAUGUGACCCCCACCACUCAGACCAGCUACCACAGGCUUCUAAUGACUAGGACAGUCCUGAAAUUCUGGAGGUCCUUGAAAUUAUGGAGAGCUUUUGCUCCCUGUGUCAAACCCACUUUUAUCCUCAGAAUGGCCUUCAGGAAUGUAUCUAAUGGCUACCUAAAAUUUCUUAGGGUGGAUAUGCUAUGGUUUACUGCUCCCUUGUAGAUGCACCUAUUCAUUCAUUCGCUCAUUCAGUAAAUAUUUUUUGAGUGCUUGCCAUAUAGCAAGCAUUGUUACAGGCACUAGGAAUGGAGUAAUAAAGUCUCUUCCUUGAUGGAGGUUACAUUCUAGCAUUCCAGGUGGGGGAAAAGACAUAAUAAACAAGCAAAAAUAUAUACGAUAAUACACUAAAAUUAUCUUAUACUACGAUGGAGUGGAACUUAUUCCAGAGAUAUAAGGAUGUUUCAAUAUCCACAAAUCAGUGAAUGUGAUACACAACAUUAACAAAAUGGAGGAUAAAAAUCACAUAAGGAUAUGAAUAGAUGCACAAAAAGUAUCUGACAAAAGUCAACAUCCAUCAUGGUAAAAACUCACAACAGAGCGAGUAUAGAGGGAAUGUACCUCAACAUAAUAAAGGUCACUUAUAACCAGCCUACAGUUAACACUAUAUUCAGUGGUGAAAAACCAAAAGCUUUUCCUCUAAGAUCAUGAACAAGACAAGAAUGUCCAUUCUUACCACUUCUGUUGAACAUAGUGUUGGAUGUCUUAGCCAGAGCAAUCAGACAAACAACAACAACAACAACAACACCUAAAUUGGAAAGGAAUGAGUAAAACUGUCACUGUUUGCAGAUGACAUGAUAUUAUAUAUACAGAAAACACUAAACACUCCAUCAAAAUACUGUUAGAACAAAUAAACUAAUUCUACAAUGUUGCAGGAUACAAAAAUCAAUACACAAAAAUCUGUUGUGUUUUUUUACAUUAAUAGCAAACUACUAGAGAAAUUAAGUAAAUCUCAUUUAUAAUUGCUCAAGGAGAGUAAGAUAAUUAGGUGUAAAUUCAGCUGAGGUGAAAGACCUAUAUAUUUAAAACUACAAGGCAUUAAUGAAACUGAAGAAGACACAAAUAAAUGAAAAGAUAUUCUGUACUUAUGGAUUUAAAUAAUUAAUAUUGUUAAAAUAUCCAUACUACCUGAAACAAUAUAUAGAUUCAAAGCAAUCCCUAUCAAAAUUUUAACAGUAUUUUUCACAGAAAUGGAAUAAACAAUUCUAAAAUUUGUAUGAAACCACAGAACCCCAAAUAGCCAAAGAAAUCUUGAAAAAGACAAAUCUGGAAGCAUCAUGCUUCUUGAUUUCAAACUAUAUUACAAAACUACAGUAAUUAAAACAGUAUGGUAUUGACAUAAAAACAUGUAGAUCAACAGAACAGAACAGAGAGCCACACAUAUAUGGUUGAUUAACUGAUGACUAAGAAGCCGGGGACAUACAAUACAGAAAGGACAGUAUCUUCAAUAAUUGGUGCUGGGAAAAUUGGACAGUGACAUGGAAAAGAAUGGAACUGGACAUCAACUACCUUUAGUCAUAUAUAAAAAUAAGCAAAGGUGGAGUAGAGACUUGAAUAGAAGGCUUGAAACCAUAAAGUUCCUAAAAGAAAAUAUAGGCAGUAAGCUUAUUGACGUAAGUUUCAUUGAUAAAUUUUUUUUAAUAUGAUGCCAAAACAGAAGCAACAAAAGCAAAAAUAAGCAAAUGGAACUACAUGAAACUACACAACAAAGGAAACCAACGAAAUGAAAAGACAACAUACUGAAUGGGAGAAAAUAAUUGUAAAUCAUAUAUCUGAUAAAGGGCUAAUAUCUAAAAUAUACAAAGAACACAUACAACUUAAUAACUAGAAAAAAACUGAUUUAAAAAAAAAAGGGCAGAAGUGGGGCGCCAAGGUGCCUCAGUCAAAGCAUCCAGCUCUUGAUUUUAGUUCAAGUCAUAAUCCUAGAGUUGUGAGAUCAAGCCCUGCCUCGGGCUCUACUCAGCCGGCAGUCUACUUGGGAUUUUCUCUCCCUCCCCUUACUCAUUCAUUCAUUCUCUCUCUCUCUCUCGAAUACAUAAAUAAAUUUUUUAAAAAUAGGGCAGAUGAAUUUGCAAAAACAUGUUUGAAGUUGGAGGGAAUAAUACUAAGCAAAAUAAGUCAGUCAGAGAAAGACAAAUACCACUUGAUUUCACUUACACGUGGAAUUUAAGAAACAAAACAAGUAAGCAAAGGGGGAAAAAGAAAGAGAGAGAGAAAGAGAGACAAAUCAAGAAACAGACUCUUAAUUAUAUAGAGAACAAACUAACUGAUGGUUACCAGCAGGGAGGAGCAGGCCGGGGGAUGGGUGGACUAGGUGAUGGGGAUUGAGGAGAGCACUUGUUGUGAUGAGAACCUGGGUUAUGUAUGGAAUUGUUGAAUCACUGUAUUGUACACCUGAAACUAAUAUAACACUGUAUGUUAACUCACUGAAAUUAAAAUAAAAACUUUUUUAAAAAGGA